AUGAAAGACAUAUCUAUCCAGGAAGCUAUGGACAAAGACAAUCUCUCAACUGCUGUGCCCUCAGAAAAGGAUCUGUACAAAACUAACUUCAUUGGGACCCCCCCGGCAUCUAGAGACGACGAAGAUCCACUCGCAGCGCUCGCCGCUGCUAUAUCGUCCCAGGAAGACAAGCAGUUUGAAUCAAGCAAAUGGUGGAAUCACUCUCGAAACGGAGGAUUGGCGGAGAGUCAAAUUUAUCAGACCGAGAAGAAGGUCAGCAUUUCUAAAACACCGAUUGCUGUUCGGAGUUUGACAUCAGAGAGAAAAUCCAGAAAGCAUCCGAGCAGCUGCUCCAAUUGCGGAUGGGUCAAUGCGCAUAGCAUUGUGCAGUCUGUGGUUCGUGAAUUGGAGCAAUACUACAUUCCUAAGUUUACUGAACUGGCAUCGAAAGGCGAUCCGGUGGACAAGUAUACACAUCUCAUGAGCUAUAAAUUAGCGGAGCUGCUGGGAAAAGCGCAUCCGUAUUUAAUGAUCCUGCAUACACAUGCUGAGAAGUGUAAUGCGAUACCUCAUUGCUCCUGGUCUUGUGGGGAGGAUUACGCCAAAAUGGCGGGAGUGAUGGGUUAUUUAUCGGAGACUCAGAUGCUAAGCAACGCUUCAAUAUUAAGGAUGCAGUGCAACAUCAAGAGCAAGAGAGACCGUAUACUCAUGCAAAAUCAACUGCUAGCUGAGCUGAAGAAUUACGUGGAGCAGCUACAACACGAUUGCGAACGGCUUAAGCAGGAGAUUAGUGGUGGGAGACGGCGGAAGGGGCUUCAGGCUACUAUGCAUUGUAGCAUAGACGAUGUUUGUCCUCACUUGGACGACGUUGUUCCAAAUCCUCAGCUUGAUUCUGCACAGGAAAAGCCUAGCAUAAUCCUUCAUCUUAAGCGAGCGGACACUGGUUUGCUGGCGGAUACAGAUGUGCCCGAUGACCUGUGUCCGUCUCCAACCGCGGACGGCAUCGUGCAAUCACCAUUUAAGACGGGGCAUGCUAAGUCAGGUAGCAUUCAAGCGCCGCCUGAACCAAUCUUAACGGCGGAUCGAACUCGGUUCGGGGAGUCACGAGGGUGCCUGCGUUGGGGGUGCUUGAGUCCAAGUGGGUGUUUAUCGGCACUGGGACUGCUUUUGUUCGGUGCGACUUUCGGUGCGGUUGUCUCAAGUUUAGCGCACCAGGAAAUAGCCGACCUUCUGGUCCGAAUCCUGCUUAAGCUGAGCGAACCACCGACCCUCAAAUAUAUGGCCUACACAUGUUCUAACUAA